ACUGAUUGUAAAAUGUUUGAGGUUAGACUCUAAAUGAUCCAACUAGGCAGAAGGAUAAUUUUUUCGUCGAAGUGCAAGGAAAUAGAAAAAAAUUGCAAAAAUGAAUGCUUUCGAACGCGUUGUCUCAAAUAAUAAUAAUGCGGAAGAACUGUUAGCGUCGCUAAAUGCGGAGCUCAACGCUAUCAAAAAUGAGAAAAUCCAGAAACUCAAAGCGAAACUAACUGCGGAAAAUGUAAUUUUAAUGAAGCAAGUCGAACUGGCGAAGGAACAGUUAAUCAAACUGGAAACGUUGAAUGGCAAGGUUCAAAUACCGAUUCCUUGUAACAAAAACGAUCAGAAACCGGUGGCUGCGAAAGUGAGCAAUGAGAAACCUGUUCCUCAACCAACAAAACCAACUACAGACACCGCCAAGCCAACGAAAGAAAAGAAACCGAAAGCACCAGCCGCGGCUAAAGAAGCAGCCCCAGAGCUACCAGUCGACUUCGGAAGGCUAGACUUCCGAGUCGGAAAAAUCGUUGAGGUGAGCAGACACCCCGAUGCCGAAUCGCUGUAUUUGGAAAAGAUUGACUGUGGUGAGCCUCAGCUGCGAACCGUCGUGUCUGGUUUGGUGAAAUUCGUGCCACUCGAAGAAAUGCAAAAUCGUAUGGUCAUUGUCAUGUGCAAUUUAAAACCAGCCAAAAUGCGCGGAGUCACAUCCGAGGCAAUGGUAAUGUGCGCGUCAACACCGGAAAAAGUCGAAGUUCUAUCACCCCCACCGACGGCUGUUCCCGGCGAUUUGGUGCAUUGUGACGGUUUCGUUCGGAAUCCGGAACCUCAACUGAAUCCGAAGAAGAAAGUGUUCGAGACGUGCGCACCCGAUCUGACUACGAACGACUCAUUGCAGGCGUGUUACAAAGGCACUCCGUGGAACAUUCCCGGUAAGGGAUUCAUUGUCUCUCAAACGUUGAAAAAUGUGAAUGUAAAGUAGGACUGUCGAUGAGUGGAAUCAUCACAACUUUGGAAUAAAUUUAAAUUUGAUAUCGCAAAA